ACUGUGUGUUGGUGACAUUUGACCAGGCUGCUCACAAAGCGCGCAUAAUAACAGAAACGCUGCCCACUGUGUCCCGCUGCUGGCCUAGAACAGUCUCUGACGGGGGUGUGAGUUCAGCCCUCCACCAUGGCCACAUCGGACAAGACAGCUUUAAAUGGCAGGGAUGAAGCAGCCAGACAGAGAGAGGAAGAGGGCGAGAGAGAGGAGGAGCUCAGGCUUGUGUUGAUUGGCCGGACCGGCUCAGGAAAGAGCGCUUCAGGGAACGUCAUCCUGGGACGACGUCACUUCCAGUCUGAGCUGAGGGCAAGCUCUGUGACACGAGUGUGUGAGCAGGCCAGUGCUGAACUGCCCGAAGAUGAAGAUGGUGAUGAGGGCUCCAGCAGGUGGAGGAGGGUGGUGGUAGUGGACAUGCCGGGAUUCGGAGACACUCGAUUGGAUGCAGCUCUCGUUCACAUUGAAAUCGCGAAAUGUGUGACACUGACCGCCCCGGGACCUCAUGCCUUCCUGCUGGUAAUCCCGCUGGGCCGUUACACAGAGGACGAGAACCGAGCUGUCCAAGAGAUGCUCCAUGUGUUUGGUGAAAUGGCUCUACAGCAGCACACGCUGGUGCUCUUCACCCAUGGAGACGAGCUGGAAGAGAACAGAGGUGGAAUAGAGCGAUUUCUCGGUCAAGAUGACACGCCAGAGGAGCUGAAGACUGUAAUCCAGACCUGCGGAAAUCGAUAUCAUGUUCUAAACAAUAAGGAUCCAGGAAACAAGCAGCAGGUGAAAAUGCUAUUCAAAAAAGUGGAGAAGAUGAUAGAGGACAAUGCGGGACAGUUCUACACCAGCGCUAUGUUCCAGCAGGCUGAACUCGCCAUCCAGGAAGAAGAAAAGAGGCUGAUGAGAGAGAGAGGAGAAGGGGAAGGAGAAGAGGAGAGAAUGGAUGAAAGAUUGGUGUUAGCUAAGAGAAGAAGGAUGGAUCUGGAGGAGGGCUUGAGAAGGAGGGAGGUGAAUGGAAGACAUGAUGAGGGUGACCCAGAGGACAGAUGUAGUAUGAGUAAAGGGUGGGGUUUUUUGCAGGAGCGACAAGAAAAAUGGAGAGAGAAGAGAAGAGGAAGCAGGCGCCGUUCGCUCCAGCUAGCAGUUAGCCGCUUCCGUAGGGACGCAGCACUGUCUCAGAAGGUUCUAGACCAAGUGAAAGCGUUGGUGGCAGCUGGGGCAACAGGAAUGGCAGUGGGUGCAGUUUUUGGAGCUGCUGCUCCUCUAGCUAUGGCAGCCGGAGCUUCCAUGGUAGGUAAUUCGGUGGGGCUGGUUGGGGUAUCUGUGGCAGGAAGUGGUGUAGGUAAAGCUCUUGGUGCUAUUGUAGCAGCAGCAACCGGAAAAACAGCAGUAGCUGUGGGCGCUGCUGCUGGAGGGCUUCUAGGGGGGUCCAUGGGGGCUCUAGCUGGGGCAGAAGCAGAAGGGCCUGGAGAGGCAGCACUAGAAGCCAUGGGGCAGGUGGGCACAGUGGGAGCUACAGUGGUGGGUGUGGCUGCAGGAGUGGGUGGGGCUUUGGGGGCAGGGACAGUAAUGGGGGCACUGUUUGAAGGUGGAGUGGCGCUAACUGGAGCGGAAGCCGCAGCUGGAGGAGCAGUUAGCAUCACUAAUGCUACAGCUGUUGCUGCACCGCAGGCAGUGGCCGCUGGGGGUGAGGUGGGGUAUGCUGUGCAAGCAGUAGGGGGUGCUGUGGCUGCACCGCAGGCAGUGGCCGCUGGUGGCGCUGCCUGCAGCGGUCAGAGUGGUUUAGCUGCUGGUGUUGGGCUAACAAGCGCUCUUGACACAGUGGGAACUACAGCACGGAUUUUAGCAGCAGUGACGGAGAUUGGAAAGGCAGCGGCUGGAAUCAUAGUGGCUGGAGGACUUGUGGUGAAGGUGGUGAAGGAGAAGGUUCGAUCAGCAACUGGCAACACGGAGAGACACUCUUACGAGAUCUACUGGAACAAAUAAGGGAUUGUGUUAGCACAAUUUGCUUUGGAGCACUUGCUGAUAAUUUAAUGCAUGCGGUUCAAAUCACUGAAGGUCCAGUCUAAAAUUUAAGUGCAGGCUUGCUUUUUCAUUAUUAAUCUUAAGUCUUAGUAUUCAGAUUACUCUUCAGCAUUAUUCAGUAUUUUUUACUAACUAUUUCUUAUCUAUAAUGAAAGUGCUGUGUACAUUGCAUAAUUACAUGCAUGUGUAUUGGUAAUCUGGACCCAACAACAAAUCCUUAGGUUUUAAGUGUAAGGGGUUCAUUUCUCAGUUAAAGAUUUGCUGGAGCAGCAGAACAAAAAUGGCAAUGGGUUUGACUACCCUGAUUUAUGUAAUGCUAUUUCAUUCAAUCGCUAUGCUUUAAGUCGCUUUCCUUAUGAAGCGUCAGCACAGUUGAACAGAUUGAUAUUUGCAUUGCAAUUUGAUAGUAUAGGUUUUUGCACUUAGUUAUGGGUUGCAACCAAUAUUUACACUUAUGUUGCUGUCAAAGGUUCAGUCAUUUGCUUAACGUUUAUCCACUGCAUUAACUCUUUAUUAGCUACUGUCUUGUCAGAGGCCAAGAAAGUGCAUCUGUAUGGCAGAUAUUCCUGAUAAAAUGGUCACCCAAGUGUAACUGUAAAACUGUAAAAGCUGAUAACUGACAGCUAACAUAGACUUUUCUGCAGUGGUGCUUUCUCUUUCUGUGUAGUUUUCUUCACUUCUUUAGCACGUGAACACAGGGGUGUCUGGGUUCAUCUCUGAACACACCAUGCUUCAAGUAGUCCUGUAUGUCAUUUCUUUUUUGACAGUGUUCAACUUAAGCUCAAAACAGCAUUUUUUUUCCAGCAUCAGAUAUUCAGAUAUUUUAUUAUUUCUGUAGAGCACAGAAUUUCCAGAAGACUUUGAUAGUUUUCCAAGUGACCGAACUGCUAGUGUUUAAAAAUUGCAUUGGUGAAAUAUGUCCUUAUAGCACGGACGGUGAUGUGCCUUCUGAUGGGGGUGUUUGUAUUUGUUUCUGAAGGAGGAGCCUGCUGAGAUCAAUAAAGCUGCUUUAUUUGGAAA